ACGCGCAUCCAGUAUAGCAUGGUACACCCCGCGGGGCAGCGUAUUUUACGUCGCUAUAUUCGCUAGAUUGAGUCACGCCAGUUUGUCAUUUGAGAACACAAAUAGCGUAUUUACAGCAAAUUACCAAUUCGCAAAUGAGUUGCAAUCGUUCUGGCACAAUCGGAAGGAAAAUGAAAGUUCGCAUCGGAUCCAAGCAAACGGGGUGCUCAAUGUCAGCGUAAGACUUGGACAAAAAUCUGGUGAAAUUUGUUCUCGGCCGCGCAGUGAUCGAUCAAAAUUCUAGUGUUUUUCUGUGGUGGGAAUUCAAGUUCAAGUGCAAAUUCAUUCAUUCAUCGACAGAUAAGGCAACAUAUCGAUGGACGAACAAGGGUCCGAUCCGAAGCAGGUCCCAGUGCGAGAUCAUGCUCCCUCCGAUGAAGACGAUGGCGACACGUGGAUUAUGGUAAAGGAUACAAACUCGGAGGAAGAAAUUGAACUCCCGGAAACGACCCUGCCGGAACGUGUAGAGAAAGGGAAUCAACCUGAUGCGGUUCGUGCGGAAGGUCGAAGCGAAAACUUGAAUAGUGAAAUGGAACUCCAGGCGGCAGAGCAGGCCCAAGGUGGAAGCAAAAGCAACCAGCCUGAUAUGGUCACCUCGGUGGAAAACAAAAUUGAACCCCAGGAAGCAACACCCCCAACUGGAGCUAAGAAAGAAGGCAAGCGCAGAAAAAAAGUGGAAAGUGAUUGCACGGAAAUCCCCUACGAUAAGGGCGGUAAUCGCUUCGACGAAGAUGUUCCAGCAAGAACAGAAGAUGUUAAAGAAAAUGAUAGCGAAGUUGAGGAAGAUGGUGAAAAAGAAUCAAUAUCUGGUGAAUGUGACGUCGACACCUGCGCUUUCGGAAAACAACCUUGUAUGCAAUGGUACAACUCACAGCAUCUCGCACAAAAUUUGGAUGAGGCGGAGGAGGAAUCCGAAGACGAUGAUAAGCAUGCCCUAAUCCAAGAGGAACACAUCGAACAAGCAUUAGUUCCAGAUGAAGACGCAUCGCAAGAAAGACAACCACUCUACGCAGGAGUGACCUUCAGUAUUAUUCUGACUGCUAUUAUUGCUAUUUUGGUGGGUAAUAUGCGGGUACUGCAUAACCGCAUGACCGAAAACGACGUUCAACACACACAGCAAAUCCUCGAGUUGAGCAUUGAAAAUGAGAUGUUGCGAGCAGAACUAAAUAAUUAUUUACGCGUAUAUUCGCGCGGUGAUUUGGAAGAUCAGGUCAAUCAAGCAAACCUAAAUUUUAAGGAAACAUUGGCGAAAAUAGAGGAAGACGCCCAAGCGGAACUGGAAGCACAUCCCGAUCUAGAUCCCUCGAAAUCGCCACCGGUGAGAAUCGUACAGCCUGAGGAAGACUUUGUACCGCGAAAGGUGGUUUGGUCAGGAGACGAAGAGGAACCUAUGCUUAUCAUCGACAAAGAAUUCGUUCUUCCUCACUUCUGCAGGGACAAAACUGCUCUCAAAGAUGGAAUGUACAAUGAGUACGCUAGUAAGUACUGUGAUAUUAGCCGGCGUAAGAUCGACGCCAAAUUACACCGCGCUAAAUACUUGAGUAAGCAUAAGAAGUACAAAGAUCCAAUCGACUACAAAAAAUAUAUCUAUCCGACCGAGGAUGAGAUCGCCGAGGAGCAGAAACGAGCAUCGACUACUCCUCCAAAGGCUCCCCAUCUGAAGUAUCAGUUUGGGAAAGCGUUCCAAACGAUCAAAGAGGAAGCCUCCGUAGUUCUUGAAAGUCUCGCCGCUAUUUUGGAUCUAGAUCCGAAACCAGAGAAAUCAUUGUGCGAGCAGCAGGGCUACUCAGCGGAUGAUGAAGGAAGCAGCACAUGCUCCGAAGCCGGAAUAAACUGGGUCGAUUAUCCUCCGUGGGUGCGCGGAAAGUACGAAAAUCAACCGGAGAUACACAAUAAGUUGAAACGCAAGGCUAGCAUGCUAUGGAAUUGGGAAAAGGUUAAAAACAGACUUCUUGGAGAACUGGGAGUGGACAAUCUAGAGGAUGUACAAUCGAUCCCAGAGGAGGAACUCCAGCAGCGUAAACAAGCACACUACAAAAUGAAGAAGCAUCCAAGGGAGAUAACCCCUGAAGAAAUGGGCAGUGGAUAUAAGGAAUCGCACGAUCGUUAUAGAAAACCAGAGCAUCCGAACUACGACAGGAAAAAUCAUCCCAAGCAUCACGGAGAGAACGGGAAAAAUAAAAAGCAUAUCAAGAGCAAUGGUUUGUUCUCAUCAGAUGGCGAGGCUUACUCGAAGCAGCGUCAGGACGGCGGCAAACGUUCCGAUGAGGAUGAGAGAAAACACCACCAGAAAGAAUGGACAGAGAAAGAUUCUUCAGAUGAGCACGAAUACAAACAGAAGAACUUCAAGAAGGAUUACAGCAAUCAUGAACGUCCCUCUGGAGAGGACAGCGAUAAAUACUGGGAGGACGACAAAAUGAAGAAAGAUGAUUAUAAGGAUUGGAAGGGAAAGGAUCACGAGAGUGAUCGUGGUGAGACAACGUUCAGAAAUCACGAGGAGAGAGAUAGAAAAUCUUCCGAUGAACGACAUCAAACGAAGCCAUACCCCAACGGAGACCAUAAAAAACACUACAAGCAAUCGAAAGAGAAUUACAGUGAUAACAAUCGGAGGAAUAGCGAUAACGAUGACGAUGACGAUGACGACAAUGACGAACACUAUAAGCAUCGUCAUCCCGAUAAACGAGGGCAUGAUCGCAAAAGAAGUGAUCAGCAUAAGCACCACCAACGUUGGAGUGAAAACCGAGAAAAUCACCAUCACCAUGAAGACGAACGCUGGAACAAACGUCACGAAGAGGACAAGUGGCGCAACCACGGCCGUCGCCACUCAGGAGAAAGACAAAGAUAGGAGCAGAUCGAUACAGACGUUAGUAUCACGUAUAUGCUGGACACUUUUAUUCGUAUGUUUCAAAUUUGCAUACAAGCAAACAUAAAUUUCCGUUGUUAGUUCUGUAGAAAAAAAAUAGACAAGAAGGAGGCAAGCGGAAAUCCAUAUUGAGUGUGUGAAUUCUAGAUCAAUUUUUUCCUUAAAUUUAUUGUAACUUGCAGUGAUAUCAGAAUUUUACCCCUUUGUGUAUUUAAUUUAAAACCAUAUGAAAUAAAGAUAUUUUUAUUUCAAA